AUGGGGAUGGGAACCAUGGGGCGGCACCGGAGGCCCUACGGCGACCGGGACGACCCAGCCCGCGCUGAGACAGCAUGGAGCAUGGCCGGCGCGCGACUGCAGCAAGGAGAUCACGGCCAGUAUAGAGAGCGAUCUGAUAUCCCCGAACUUGCAAAACUAACAACUAAGAAAAGAAAAAACACCCACGCACCAGGCCACGAACUGCCCACACUCCCACCCGACCCCCAUUCCCCCCGAUGCCCUGCCGCCACGGCGACCUCCGAGAUCCCGCCAUGGCGCGACCUUCUGGCGCCGCCUCCCCCGCCUCCUCCUAGAACCAGCGCCACAGACCUGCCUCCUUCCGGCGUGCCGCCGACCUCGGCCCGCCCCAACCGACGCCGCCUCCUUCCGGCGCGCCGCCGACCUCGCCCCAGCUCGACCGACCUCACAUCAUCCUUUGCCGGCGACGGCCGGACCCCCGCGGCCGCGCUUCUAAGCUCUCCUUCUUCCUUCUCCUCACCCUCUCAUCGGCGCAGCAGCGCCCUAAAUCCUACGCGCAUCCCCACGCCGCCACCAGGGCCUGGAACCCCAGAUGUCGUCGCCGGUCUAGGAUCCUGGCGCGCGGCCACGGGGCUAUGGAUUCCCGUGUGCACCGCAUGGACCUGGAUCCCACACGCCACCGUUGCGCCAAAGGAUCCCCACACGCCGCCGCCGCCUACCCAAAGCGCCUCCACCGGCCGACAGCUCGGCGCUCCAUCAGUCCCAAUGGUGGAUCCAUGGUGGGCUGCUGGAUCUCGUCCCCUCCUCUGCGUGGAGCCCUGCUGGAGGCCCUCCUCCUCGACAGGAUGCUGUCCACCUAGGGCCAGUGGGAGCAAGCCGCCGUGGCUCUCCGAUGCUCCGGUGAGGACCAGUGCGCCCUCCUGUCCUCUGCUUUUAUCUGUGCGCAGCUAUGUGUCUCGCACCAUGGCUUGCCCCUGCUGCUGCUGGGAACAGUCAAAUUUGUGAUUGGCUUCGAAGACGUUCCACGAAGUCCCACUACAUGUAUACGUCAUGUUCUUCAGAGAUGUUCCGUGAAGUUCUACUACUGCUGAGCGACACUGUGGGCUCGUGUGUGCGGGUGCCAGUAUGGUGUGCUUGGUUCAUGUGUGCCUUGCAAGGUGCAUGUUUGCCAUGCUGGAUGCUGGCCAGCUCGCUCUUCCUGUGCAUCCAUGCUGCUCUAACCACACUUGUAAGCAGCAGCUAGUUCUCUCUCCGUGUGUUUAUUAAAAAAAGGAAGACCCCAAAUCAAUAAAAGAGCAUCAUGUUCUAGGGCAUGCGUGUUGA